AUGGACGACUUUUACGACACGGACCUGGAGGCGCGACUGUACGCGGAGGUUCAUUAUACAAAUGACUCUUACUCGGAGGGGAAUAUUGACCCAAGAGCGCUGGCACCAGAAGGCGAUGUCCCUCCUGGCAGUAUCAGGUCUUAUGCUAAGAAGACGGGGAUGAUCCCGAAGAAGCACCGCGCGCUGAUUGACGGCCCCAGGACAGUUGGAAAUCAUCGGAUGCAAGAGCCAGCUCCCAGGCAGGAAUUUAGCUCUCCAAGAUUUGCAUCCCCAAACCCUUCAAGAUUAAAUAUACCAAUUUCAUCAAGAUUAGGUCCUCCGAUUUCUACCGGAUUUACUCCCCUGGAUUCCAACCGACCCAAUCUUUUCGGCAAUUACCCUCCAGAUUAUCCAAGAUCUGGGCACCUGCUAGAUCCCACAGCCAUCAACUUUGACAAUUCUAGACUGCCACCCUACAUGUACAAUCAAGCUCCAAACUUCCAAUUGAAUCCUUACGCAUCAGACAACUUCAAUCUAAAUCUCCUGGACCCUUACUCGUCUCCCAGACAAGAUUUGCCGCAUUUCAACCAGCCAGAUUUCAUCAGAUUGACCCACUCGUCGCCAAACAGGAGCAAGGCCCAGUCCAGGAAAGAUUCUCACAUGGCAAAUCUGAAGGAUUUUGCCAAGAAAGUUCGCAAUCGCCGCAAAAGGGAGAAAACAAGAAAGAACCGCAAGCUUUUUAAGGGAAAUAAAAACUCUAUUGCUGAAAUCAAUUCGUCUACGCCUCGGAAAAACCCAGACCGCGCUGCUAGGUGUCCAGAUCUUAACAAAUCUGGUGAUGGGACUAAAGACGUCGUUAAUUUGGAUGAUUCUAUUGAGGUCGUUGAGAUUCAAGAGUCGGCUAAUGAUAAUCUGACGCAAUCUAAUCUUGAGAGUCAGGUAGGCAAUGAUGAGAUGAGUCAAGGCGAGUCUGUUGAUGAUUUGGACGAUUCUGAGGAGAGUUUAGAUAAAUCUGAGGGAAAGUUGGAUGAUAAUCUUGAUAAAUCUGGUGAUGGCUUGGAAAAAUCUGAUAAUAGUGACAAAUCUAAAAAUUUGGACACUCCAAAUUCCAAAGGGGAAAAUUUGAAGACUCCAAAUAGAAAUUUGGAUAAAUUUAAUAAAAAUUUAGAUCAAUCAAGUAAAAAUCUUGAUAAAUCAAAUGACAAUUUAAAGACACCAAGCAAAAAUUUGGAUAAAUCUAAUCAGAAUCUUGAUAAAACAAAUAAUUUGAAUAAAUCUGAUGAAAAUUUAACGCCGAGCAAAAAUUUGGAUAAAUCUAAUAAAAAUCAAGAUAAAUCUGAUGAAAUAUUAACACCAAGUAAAAAUAUGGACAAAUCUAAUAAAAACUCAGAUAAAUCUAAUCGAACUCCAGAAAAAUCUGGUCAUAAUUAUGUCAAAUCUAAAACUUUAGAACCACCAAACAAAAGUCCAGAAAAAUCUGAUGGAAAUUCGAAGACACCAAGUAAAAAUGUGGAUAAAUCUAACCCAAAUCUUGACAAACCUGACGAAAAUCUUGAUAAAUCUAACAGUCCCCAAAAAUCCGGAACUCCGGAGAAUAAAGACACAAAUAUGAUUUCCAAAUCAAGUCCGGAGCCAUCAUCGAAAGACAAAAACUCAAAGUACAAUAUAAAAUCUCCCUCUAAAUUUUCUAAAUCAAUGGCGACGUUGGAUUCUUCAUCAGACUCAGAUUCUGACGAGUCUAUUUUCGAAGUGCCUGCUAAAGAUGAUCCCAAGGUGUUGGAGACAAUUACUGACACUACUGAGGCGACUGCUUCGACGACUACGACAAUAAUUUCCGAGGACUCGGGGGGCAAAAGCAGACAAUCUGCUUCAAAGAGUCUGGACUCGGAUAAAAAACGACCGAGGGAUGAGAGCAGAAAUAGGGACAACUCUCUCAAGCCGAUAAAAGUUCCUAGGAGUGACAAGAGCAAGGACAACACCAGCUUUGAAGAAUAUGUCUCGAAGCCGAUGCCCGUGACGUUGAAAGCAUUUUAUACUGACUACAGAAGCAGUGGGUGUAUGAAUGAUGUCAUAGAUGUCCAGCAUAAAAUGUCGAGGAAUCCGAAUCUCUGGGCGAUUCUGGACGCUGAUCUUGUGUGUCGUGGAGGGGACAAAAGGCUCAGGUGCUCGUUUUGUCAUCAGCCGGGACACAAGAGGGAAAAUUGUCCGGAUAAGAAGAAACCUACUUUGUGUCAUAUCAUGGGCCACUUGAAAACAAACUGCCCGGACCUCUGGCGCCGCUACCACCAAACAACUACCUCAGAAGGGGUGAACAUCCCCCCGGACUUACGUGAGGUCCUCAAACCAUCUCACAAAUUAUACUGCUGCAACUGUACUCGUCGCGGCCAUGAAAGUUCCACUUGCAGUAGAUACCGUUGGUCUUCACACUUUCCCUCGCCCAUAUCCGUCACAAGCUACACCGAGGGACCGAGCUAUCCAAUCAUAGAACCAGUUGAAAUUCCUCCAGAAAUUCCGAUUCCUCCAGAAGUUCCGAUUCCUCUAGAAGCUCCAACUCCUCCAGAAGUUCCAAUUCCUCCACAAGUCCCAGAUCCACCAGCUCGAGAAGAAAUCCUGUUCCACUACCAAAACUACCGAGUAAUCCCCGAAGACUGGUGCUCAGACACAAUAUAUCCUCUGGAAAUUCCAAAUAUUUCCUAUGACCUGGAAAGUUCCAAGAACCACGUCCCAAGAUUCCUCACCAAACACUUUCCCGAAGGAUGUCAUUGCUACAUCUAUGUCCACAUAAAGCUGAGGGUUCCUGACAAGCUGGUAGUGGAACUUAAGACACCUUCAGCGCCAUCUACCCUGGAACUCAAGAAGUUAAUGGUCCAGUGGAUGUCCAGAAGAAAAGAAGAUCGGAAUAAAAUGACGUUGACCCAACGGCUUCCUGUUAACAAAGCUCUUCUUUUGAAGGCCCUGUUGGACAAGUUCUACGAUUUUAUUACCAAUUCGUCUUUUCGAGGUCUUCUCGCUUACGAUUUUGAAGUUGAAAAAAGGACCAGCUUUCUCAGUUCCAAGAUGGAAAGCUGCAGAGUAAAUAGUAUUCAGGCGUCAAAAUUCAAGAAUCGGUUAAAAGCAGUGGAACCAAGGUAUCUCAAAAAAUUAAUUUGUUCUCUGUAUAAUUUCAAACUAGCGCCAUCUGCUGAAGCGAUUAUCAACGACUUUCAAAAACUUCUUAGUUUAUUGUCAUCAGACAACGCCUGGGAGGGUGACCACGGCCGAGAUAGUCUUGUUCCACAGGCAAUGUAUAUGAGUUUUUGCUGGUUCAAUUUUGAGUUGUUUACUCUUCACCUAUCUGACUACCUUGUUCAUGCUAAGAACUUGCUCUUGGAACGGAUCGAACAGUUAAAAAUGAGGAAUAUCAAGCAACAUAUGUGGGCUCCAGAAAUGGGCUUAGAGUUGAUGUUCAAGAGGUCACAACGGGUCAAUUUCUUGUCCGAGGGAUUUAAGCCGGGUGUUUUGAAGCCUAAUAAGAUCAAGGAGCGCCAUCGUCAGUUAGCUAGAGGUAUGCAAACUCGUGCUAAUGCUAGGACCAAGAACAAAAGGAACAAGAAUAAUAGCAAUAAUGAUUCCAAGAACAGUGAAAGUGGCAAUGAUGAUAGUUCCUGGAACAAUGAUAGUUCUCAGAACAUUGGUGGUUCUGGGAACAAUGACAGUUUCAAGAACACUGGUGGUUCUGGGAACAAUAAAAGUUUCAAGAACACUAGUGGUUCUUGGAACAAUGAAAGUUCCAAGAACGCUAGUAGUUCUGGGAACAGUGGAAGUUCCAGGAACACUGGUGGUUCUGGGAACGGUGGAAGUUCCAAGAACAUUGCUGGUUUUGGGAACAGUGGUUUUAAGAACAGUGAUGGUUCUAGGAAACCCAAAGAAAAACCUACUUCGCUUAUUGUUGAUGGUAAAAUAAAUUUGGAGAUUCUGCAGAGAGAAAAACUUGCCUGCCGAGCUCAGGCUGCUGUUGAUUUGGCGAAAAAACAUGGAUUGAGGGAUUAUGCUGACCGGGCUGAGCUGAUGGUAAGGAAGAUUAAAAGCGGUGGAAUGGUAAAAAAGAACGCCAUUGAACAGCUGUGGUCACUCUUGGUGAAAGAGCUCAGGGGGAACAAUAUUAGUGUUCAAAAUUAG